ACGUGGUGAAAACACGCCGCGGUUCUAUGAAACUCGGCCAGCUGCAGUACUAACACUCUUACUUUUGGUGCCAUGGGAGAAGCUCGUCCAGCAUGGAUGACAGACGAUCUAGACGAAGAGUGGAUAGAUGAAGAUGAGGCGUCGACCAUGGGCACUCAGUCCAUCUCUCUCACAACUCCGUUGCCCGGCUACUUGCGAACUCCAAGUCAAGCUCAGGAGGACACUGAGCCACUUCCAGCAGCGUCCGAACCAGUCGGUACGUUUUUGAUCCGCGAGGAUAUUCCCGCGUCAGCUCUCUUGCCAAAGACGCCUGGCCGACAACCCAAGAGGGGCGUCAUUAAAGACUUCUUCAGUCCUCUAGCACUCGAGAAAAUGUUCGAGCCACCUUCACCACCUCCUUCGAGGCCAACUGCACUUGCGCUUCAGUCUGCCCCGACCGUGCCUUCUCGCCUAUGUCAGGCGUACACGCCAAACGACUCACAGACAGACCUCGAGUCACGAGGCCAGCCUACAGCGGCCCUUUCCCUCAAUUCACUUGCGCCGCCCGGAUCUAGUGUGGAAUGCAAAUUUACUUUUGCUGUCUCCCGCACCAAUGUUAGUGUGCCUCAGGCAGAAAGCACGCCAGGUGUUUACAGCAUCGCACGACCUCCCAUGACAGACCCACGCCUACGCCUGUUUCAGCUUCAGUACGACACAUUCACGCGUGAUCACUUGUCGGCGAUGGUCGAUUCAAUAGCAAUAAAUACGACGCCCUCUGGUGGAAGCGCAGAAGGCAACGGUACUUCCAGGAGCAUCCCACGCCUAGCAUUGGUCAACGUGCAAGAAGCCACCGUCUCAGAUGACACACCUAUUCGCAGCAUCAAACGGGUCAAACUCAGCCCUCCAAGCCACUAUUAUGGUGAAGGUGAUGGCGCAGGUGCUACCAUCGCGAGGCCCAUGGUUUCAAGGGUAGAUUAUGUCGGCGAGUCUCGUUCCCUUAUGCAACAGAUCAAGGCCGCACGCGAUUUCUCGACGAUAUCUACUACGGGAGGUUUGCAGUCCCCCGAAAGUCAGACAAACAAUAGAGCUGAGGCUCUUAACACACAGUCCAAGCCUUCACGAGGAACCGGUACAUCUGUCCUUCGUGUCCCCGACGAGCGCAGCGCGGUUACUACGAGUUCAUCAACAGCCGUAACUGCUUCUAGUAACCAUUCCUCCUUGGCAUAUCGCCAUCAAGCAGCGACCCUGAUGGAGCAGAUCAAAAACGAUAUCCGAGGUUCUAAACGUAUUUUCUCGGGUACCACGGACGUAUCCCAUCCCGCCCACGCGGACGAGGUUUCGCGUAUCGAACACUCGUGGUCUCUAUCCGAAGUCAAUGUCAAUGUUGGCAAGAAGAAAGCCAAUAAGUUUGGAUCACCCCGCAGGCUAUCCUCUUCCUCGAGGAGCUACCGCAGUCCUCGGAAGGCGUCGCGCAACACCAUCAUUGAGGAUGCUGACCGAACAUUGGAGCAUGAAAUGUCCAAUAUGUCCAUUGAAGCACCCUGGCAAGUGCCAGUUACAUCCGUCGCACCCAACGCAGGCCUCAACAACGUCCCACACAUUCGAGUAACUCCUUCGGCAAUUCAACAAUCUAUGGCACAUCCACCUGCACAGAUUCCUCCUUCAUAUCCUUCGUCCUCGAUUCGUUCUGGUUCCAACGAUGAUCUUAACAGGAUGGUGUCCUCCAGCACGGCAUCUGGAACCAUAACCACAACGAGCAGUGCACCCUCGUUCGUAAAGCAUGCCGGUCCAGUUCAGAUCACCCGCAUCGCACCAUCGGAUGUACCAGCCCUUCCGCAAAGGGUCGGCCGUAUGGUCUACGACAAGGAUCUGAUGAAGUGGGUGAGGGUCGCUACUCGUACGGCUUCAGAUGCCGAGGAUCAACGCGAUCAGACAACUGGCACGGCUACAGAUGGAGAUAGCGAAGAUCCAUUCAAAGAUAUAGAGAGCCUGAAGGGAGAUGAUGACUCCAGGGAUACGCAUGGGAGUGUGCACGGAGGCGUUGUCCCUGAAGCUGGAGGAGACCAGGAUGAAAUGGAGAUGGGUCGUAUCGAGGAGGUCGAGGAGGACGUGGAGCUGAAUGAUCAGGAAGAAGUAAACCUGACGUCCUUUUCUUUCGACGGGCCAUCGGUCGCAGUUAUUCGCAUUGUGCCAUCGGACGAUUCGGAAGGAGAUGAGGAAGUGCAGACCAGCGAUUCCGAACCAGACGACCGCGAUGGAGCUGCCCUCGGGGGCGAAGGUGAGGACGCUGCUGCCGUCUUUGAAUCAGAGGAUGAAUUUUCGCCUGAACUGCAAGCUGGUUCACCUGCCCGGCCCACUUCGAACUCUUCCGCGGUAGCUGUUACCCCAGUUGCGCCACAAUGCCGGUCAUUUUCGCUUAUUACUUCAAUGCCCCGCUCGGCACUGAAAAGCAUGAGCGUUACUCCCGUGUCAGCUAUGAAGGAUCCGAACCGUGAUCGGCACCGUACUCCAGCCCAGCGUCUUGGCCAUCGCCGUUCCGUAAGUUUUUCUGAUGGGAAGAGGGAAGGGCCUAUACGGGGCCUGAACCCAAAAGGCCACGAGAGUGAUGACGACGUGGGUAGUCUUGCUACGAGCGUCACUGAGCAUGACCCUGCACAGGGGCUAUUCAUACCCUCGGCAAGGUCCAGACGGAUAGCGGAGUUGAUGGAGAACCUAGAAAGUCCUGGCUUUGAUAACGUCUCCCCUACGAAAGCGUCAAGUUCGGGCCGUCCGCGGACAGAAGAACUUCAACCCUUUGCUUCUAGGCGGCCGAGCAGUCAAAUGGCUGUUGCCGAUUGCAACGAUCCGACCCGUCGAGUUUCCUCGAUGUCACAAAAGAGUCGUUUAAGUGGAAAGGCAAACGCUACUUUCCUGACAGAGUGUUCCUUUGGCUUGGCGCAUGACCGACUGGUGCAGGUGAUCACUGAUAUCCAGCCAUUUGAGCCCCACUGGGACGAGCUGCAUGCUGUUGACCUUUCUCGCAAGUCACUGGAUGGUGUGACUCGACUGAAGGAAUUCCUACCAAAGCUGGAUUCUCUAAUAUUAAAUCACAAUCAGCUGUCAUGGCUGAGCGGCAUUCCCAAUUCUGUCCGAACGCUUUCUGUCGCUCACAACCUACUGACAGGUGUCACUUCAUUUAGUCACUUGCAGAAUAUUGAAAGCCUCGACAUAAGUCACAAUGACAUUGAAUCUUUGACACAACUGCAAUGUCUUCGGCACUUGAGGGAGUUAAGAGCUGAUGGAAAUCACAUUACUAGCAUCGACGGCCUUCAGAAAUUGGAUGGACUGACCAAACUUAGUCUGCAAGGCAACCAGAUUCAAGAAGCCGACUUUGGCAAGUUUCGAUGGCCGCGUUUGGAGAUGCUAAAUCUGAGCGGGAACUGUAUACGGAGUAUCUUGAACUUGGCAUCAAGCCUAGCUGGACUAAUUGCGCUCAAUAUCGACAAUAAUACAGUGGACAACAUUGAUCCUGGCGGCAUAAUGCCAAGACUACGCAUCCUUCGAGCUAGCGGCAACCGACUUAAGCGCCUGAACGUUGCCCCGUUUCCAAACCUCCGCACGCUCUACUUGGACAACAAUUCUCUCGACACUCUCGUAAAAGCGGAACGCCUUAAUAAGCUGGAGAAUCUUAGCAUGCGAAAUCAGACUUCUUGCGGUUUCUAUCUGUCGACUCGCCAGUUCCGCGAUGUGAAGCGGCUAUACCUUUCCGGUAACAAACUGAAGAGUGACUUCAUUGAAGAGCCGUGUUACAAUCUGGUGUACCUUGAGGUAGCCGCUUGCCGGCUGAGCUCUCUCCCACACGAUCUGGCGCGUCUAACACCGAACCUGAGGGUUCUGAACCUGAACUAUAACUUUCUUCACGAUGCGGUCUCGCUGGAGGGGCUUACUCGACUUAAGAAGCUCAGCAUGAUUGGAUCUCGCUUGAAGGGGACUAAACCGCUGAUCCGCAUAUUACAGUGUAUGCCUGAUGUGGAAAUGCUCGAUUUUAGGAUGAACCCCUGUACGCUUGGAUGGUAUCUUCCUGUUCUAGUGAAGGACGUACCAGGGGCACUGCAACCAUCCGAGAGACACGGUAGUAGGGACGGAGAGGACGCUCUAGCCAGGGGUGAGAAGGGAAGCACGGAAUAUGGAUGGCAAGAACUGGACUCAAAGUUCCGCCGGGACCUCCCGGAUGAUGCAUAUGUCGGCCGCCUUGCAUACCGAGGGCUGGUGAUGCGGGCAUGUCCCCGGAUUGGGAUGCUAGAUGGGGUGUUAGUUUCGGAGAAGGAACGGGCGAAGGCUGACCAACUGUUGCAGGGUAUGAUGGGGAAGAGUAAAAUUAAGGGGGCCAAGGGGAAGUCAGGGACGAGUAUCGGCGCUGGGGACUAGUACCAUUGCAUGAUCUUUGCGGUAUCUGUAAAAGGACGAGGAUUGUUACGUGAAGGAAGGUGAUGAUGGGAAAACUGGUUGAUCUGAGACCAAGCGUGAGUUGUCGAUCCCGAAGUUUAGUGGGGUGAAGAUUUUAAGUUGGGAGGAGAGGAUAUCGAUGGGGAAGGCGGCCAUGGCAGUGCAAAAGAAACGUAAGUGAACCCUAUUAGAACGGCUGUCCGGUGCCUUAGCAGGAUCUGAAACUCGAGGCGAAUGAGAUUGAAUAAUAUAAC